AUGAGUUCUACGUCUAGUCCUUUAACUUCUAAGCGUAAACGACACGUUCUUACCUUGGAACAAAAACGAGAGAUUCUUUCUAAGCUAGAUAAAGGAGAGACCGGUGCAUCUCUAGCUCUCGCGUACAAUGUGGGAAAUGCAACAAUCACGGACAUUAAAAAGAAUAAGGAUAAAAUUUUGUCAUUUGUGUCAACGUCGGACGGUGAACAUGGGGCCCAGAAACGAAAAGCUUUAAAAUCCGCGCAGAAUCCAGUUCUCGACAAGGCUUUAUCCGAGUGGUUCACGCAGAGGCGAAGUUUAGGACAACCAAUUUCCGGUCCAAUCUUGUGUGAGAAAGCUCUUGACUUGAACAAUAGAAUCGGCGGAUCGUCUGAUUUUAAAGCCAGCUCUGGAUUUCUGAAAAACUUCAAGACUCGCCAUGGAAUACGAGAACUUCAGGUUCAAGGGGAAACGUUAUCGGCAGAUUCGGAGGCUGCUGAGAAGUUUAAACAGAACUUCGCUACCAUCGUAGAAGAGGAAGGAUAUUCUAGAGAUGAUGUGUACAAUGCAGAUGAGACUGGGUUAAAUUGGAAGUCUUUGCCCACCAAAUCUCUCGCAUCUAGGCGUGAAACUGCAGCACCCGGAUUCAAGGUGUCCAAAGAACGAAUAACGGCUAUGACAUGUGCUAAUGCAGCCGGCACUCAUAGAUUACCGUUAUUACUUAUCGGAAAGGCGAAGAAACCGCGGUGCUUCAAAAAUGUGACUGGCUUGCCUGUGAUCUACAAAGCCCAGAAUAGUGCUUGGAUGGACUCAAGAUUGUUUUGCGAUUGGUACACAAACGAUUUUAUGAAGAACGUUAAAGAAUGGCGCAAGGCUCAACAUAAAACUGGUAGAGUGUUGCUGCUCCUAGAUAACGCGCCUUCUCAUCCAUCCGCUGAGGUAUUGAACAGUCUCGAUCCAGACUUCGAAGUCAGAUUCCUUCCACCGAACGUAACAUCUCUUAUCCAGCCUAUGGAUCAGGGUGUGAUAGAGAAAAUGAAGAGAUUGUAUAGAAAAGAAGUUCUUAGGAGACUGUUUAUGGCAGAAGAAGACACCGAAGACAGUAUUGUUCAAUUCGCGAAAACCAUAAAUUUGAAACAUUGUAGCUACAUGAUAGCUGAUGCGUGGGCAUCGCUAACAGAAAGAAAUCGGAAGAACGCUUGGAACAAACUGUGGCCACCCUCAGAAGAAACGCAGGCCGAGAUUCAAGAAGAUAUUUCUAAUUGCGAGCAAGGUGGCAUAAAUGAAUUCGUUGAAAUCUUCCACGCCAUCCCUGGAUUCACGGAAUGUGACAACGAUGACGCCGAAAAUUGGCUGAAAGAUGACGCGAACGAUCCCGGCUAUCAAAUUUUAAUCGACGAUCAAAUCGUAUCUUCAGUUCUCCACGACGAAGAUAGUGAUUCUGAUGACAAACACAGCGACGAAAGUGUGGAAGCGUCAAAGCAGCCCUCUCACGGUAGGGCCUUCGGGGCUCUGGAAACGGCGAUGGAGUGGUACGAAAAACAACCUGAAUGUUGUCAAACGCAACUUCUUCUCCUGAAACGAUUGCGGGAUUUGGCUGCAAAGAAGCGAGCUUCCGUUGUAAAACAGAGGAAAAUCAUGAACUUUUUUCCAAAGAAGUAA